CCCCUUCAUUUCUACGCCUCUCUGUUUUUUCUGUCCUCCAAGUGUGGUGUGAGGGGUUUUGUUAGGGUUUAUAGAUCUGAAAAAGAGAUGGGUGAGAGUAGGAUGACUGGGAAAGUGAAGUGGUUCAGUGACCAAAAGGGGUUUGGGUUCAUAACGCCAGAUGAGGGCGGCGAGGAUUUGUUUGUUCACCAGUCUUCGAUCCGUUCCGAGGGUUUCCGUAGCCUCGCUGAUGGUGAAGAGGUCGAGUUCGUUAUCGAGUCUUCUGAUGGUGGUCGUACCAAGGCUGUUGAUGUUACUGGCCCCAACGGGAACCCUGUUCGUGGCACCACGAGAUCCGGACGCGGUGGCGGUGGCGGCGGCGGCGGAAGUUAUGGUGGUGGUGGAUAUGGAGGCGGUGGGUCUGGUGGUUAUGGAGGCGGCGGCUACGGUGGUGGUGGUGGCGGAAGGAGAGGUGGUUAUGGCGGUGGCGGUGGCGGUGGUUAUGGUGGUGGCGGUGGUGGUUGCUUUAAGUGUGGGGAGAUGGGACAUUUGGCAAGGGAUUGUGGACAAGGUGGCGGUGGUGGCGGAGGGAGAUACGGUGGAGGAGGAGGCGGCGGUGGUUCAGGGGCUUGUUAUAACUGUGGCGGCUCUGGGCAUUUCGCAAGGGAGUGUCCGAACAAUGGUCGUUAAGGCGGAGAGGGGUUUACUGUGUCUUUUCACAAUUCCUCUGACCCUUCCUUUUUCCCUUCGGUACUAUUUCUGUCGGUUUCGUUAUUAUCAAGUAUGGUUGGCUUUUUUAUGUCGUUUUGUUUUUUAAGAAGGAUUGUUCCUAGUCAGUUUGUGGGCUCUUGCUUCCUAUGUUAGGUUUUUUGGUGUUUGGAAAGAUGGUUGUAAUGGGAACUUUAGGGUCACAGUGGAGUGGAUUUAGAAUUGCUAAGUGAAAAUGGUGAAGAAACAAUGAUGUUAAAACUCUCACUGUCAAGUGUUUAUACACAUAUAAUAUAAAUACAAGCUGGUUUGGUUCAAUAUC